AUGCUGUAUCGUUGUGUUGUAUUGUGUCAAAAAACCAACUCCCGCGAGACAAUCACCAGGCAUCGUUCCGUAUCCCGGGAAUCAAGUACCAGCGAGGAUUCCGAUACGUCGGAUGUAUUUUUGAAUGAUCGGCCCAACGAAAAAUCCAUGCGACCAGAUGAGAUGCUCGCUUCCUCGACAUUCUAUUUUCUGUUUGCUGCUUUGUUCUGCUGUUCAUUCUACGCAAAUAUGUUUUACAAUCUUUACAAGACAUUUGCCGAAACUUUUAUUGAUGAUGAUUUCUUCCUCGCCAGAGCAUUUGCAAUAGGAUCAACAGUAAAUGCAGUCGCGCGUGUUGGAUGGGGAUACUUAACUGAUCGAACAAGUUUUCAGGUAUUUGUGGCCUCUUUUUGUGUAUUAACAUACUUGACGAAGUCGUUCGAUUUGUCAAAUAUGAAACUCAUGCAACACAAAGGGUAAAC